AUGAAAUCGAAAGACAUAAUCUUGAGGUUUGCUUUCUUUCCCCAAAUGGGAAUUGGGCUUCUAGGGAAUUCCUUCCUUAUUUGUCUCUUCAUGUUUUCAUUUCUCAGUGGACAUAGGAUGAGACCUGUAGACACUAUUAUCACUCAGCUGGCCUUGGUCAACUGCUUGGUGCUUCUCUCAAAGGGCAUCCCUGAGACAAUGACAGCUUUGGGACUGAUGAAUUUCCUGGAUGAAACUGGCUGUAAAAUUAUUUUCUACCUUCACAAAGUAGCUCGGGACCUUUCCCUCAGCAUGACUUGCCUCCUGAGUGGCUUUCAGGCCAUCACCAUCAGCCCCAGCAACUCCAAUUGGGCAGAGCUUAAAGCCAGAGCCCCAAGAUACCUUAUGCCUUCCAGUCUCUUCUUUUGGACUUUUCACCUGCUUUUUUGUAGCUAUAUCCCUUGGGGAAUUAAGGGACCAAAAUACACCAGAAACAUUACUGAGAUACAACUUACUGGAUACUGCUCUUAUCAAAUUCUUGCUGGGUUUCAAGUUUCCAUAUUUGCAACCAUUAUCUCCUUUCCUGAUGCUAUAUUUUUGGGACUCAUGGUCUCUGCCAGUGGCUACAUGAUGUUUCUUCUGUACAGGCAUCACCAGCAAGUCCAGCAAGUUCACCUUACCUGCCUCUCCCCCAGAGCCUCCCCUGAGACCAGGGCCACCAACACUAUUCUACUGCUAGUAAGCACCUUUGUUUCCUCUUAUGCUUUCAAUUGCAUCUUAACAGCAUAUAUGUCUUUUAUAAAGUCCCCACCCUGGUUGAUGCACUCCUCUGCUUUCCUGGCUUCAUGUUUCCCAGCUAUUAGCCCCUAUGUGCUGAUCAGCAGUGACUCACAAGUUACCAGGUACCUCUAUGCUCUUUGUGGGAGGAAACCCCACAUUUUUACCCUGGUGACACAUAAAUAUUCUCUGCCCAGGACGACCUCCUGA